AUGUGUAUAUCGCAGGCAGACGUUGGUAUGGAGGGUGGCGCAAUGCCAAACACCAAGGGUAGACAGAUCCUACCUGCGCAUACAAAGCCUUUGCAUUACAAUAUUACCUUGGAGCCUGACUUCACGACCUUCAAGUACAGAGGCUCGGUCGUUAUUGAUCUGGACGUUGUGGAAGAUACAGACAGCAUCUCCGUGAAUACUCUGGAGCUUGAGAUCCUCUCUACCAAGGUUAUUUCUGGUGUCGAUACUGUUGUCAGCGCAUCCCCAUCUCUCACCUAUGAUGAAGACUCACAAACCACCAAAGUCGCUUUCGAAGGAAAGACUCUUAAAAAGGGGUCCAAGGCACAGCUACUCAUGACAUUUAACGGGGAGCUCAACGACAAGAUGGCCGGAUUCUAUCGCUCGACAUACAAGAAUGCAGAUGGUAGCGAGGCUAUAAUGGCAACCAGUCAAAUGGAGGCUACAGAUGCUCGCAGAGCAUUCCCAUGUUUCGAUGAGCCAGCACUGAAGGCCGAGUUCACGGUCACGUUGAUUGCCGAUAAGAAAUAUACGUGUCUGAGCAACAUGAAUGUGUCUUCAGAGAAGGAAAUCACAUCAGACUAUAGUGGAAGUGUCAAGAAAGCUGUGAGCUUCAACAAGUCUCCGCUCAUGUCAACAUACUUGAUCUGCUUCAUCAUUGGGGAACUCAACUACAUUGAGUCAACCAAGUUCAGAGUUCCCGUCAGAGUCUAUGCACCUCCCACAUCAGACAUUGAGCACGGUCGCUUCUCGUUGGACCUGGCAGUAAAAACCCUGGAAUUCUACGAAACCACUUUUGACAGCAAGUUUCCCUUGCCAAAGAUGGAUAUGGUCGCUAUCCCCGAUUUCGCGGCGGGAGCCAUGGAGAACUGGGGCUUGAUCACUUAUCGUGUUGUCGAUCUUAUGUUGGACGAGAAGACUAGCGGAGCCUCGACCAAGGAGCGUGUUGCAGAAGUUGUGCAGCACGAGCUUGCUCACCAAUGGUUCGGAAACCUCGUGACCAUGGACUUCUGGGAUGGACUUUGGCUUAACGAGGGUUUUGCAACAUGGAUGUCUUGGUAUUCUUGCAAUGUCUUCUACCCGGAAUGGAAAGUUUGGCAAGGAUAUGUUACCGACAACCUGCAAAGCGCUCUUGGCCUCGACUCUCUCCGCAGUAGUCAUCCUAUUGAGGUCCCGGUCAAGAGAGCUGACCAAGUAAAUCAAAUCUUCGAUGCUAUUUCCUACUCAAAAGGAUCUAGCGUUAUCCGCAUGGUAUCAAAGUACCUCGGCGAGGAUGUCUUCAUGCAAGGUAUCAGAGAUUACUUAAAGAAGCAUGCUUAUGGCAACACUGAAACUGGUGACCUGUGGCACGCUUUGAGUGCUGCCAGUGGAAAGGAUGUGGAGGCUGUUAUGGACAUUUGGACCAAGCAUGUUGGCUUUCCUGUCGUCUCCGUCACGGAGAAUGCAGGUGACAACUCAAUCCACGUCAAGCAAAACCGUUUCCUCCGCACAGGGGAUGUCAGUCCUGACGAGGACAAGGUUCUUUACCCUGUCUUCUUGGGUCUUCGUACCAAGAAUGGCGUUGAUGAGUCACUUGUCAUGUCGACCCGGGAGGAGGACUUCAAGGUGCCAGACACCGACUUUUUCAAGCUUAACGCAGAUCAUGGCUCCCUCUACCGCACAUCAUACACACCAGAGCGUCUAGAGAAGCUCGGUCAGGCCGCUAAGGACGGUCUCUUGACUGUUGAGGACCGCGCCGGUAUGAUCUCAGAUGCAGGAGCCCUCGCUGCCUCAGGUUACGGCAAAACUUCAGGUGUACUGAACUUGCUGAAAGGCUUCAGCGGUGAGAAAGAAUUUGUUGUGUGGAGCGAGAUCAUGACACGACUUGCAUCCGUCAAAGGCACGUGGAUAUUCGAGGAUAGCUAUAUCAGAGAUGGUCUUGAAACUUUCCAGCGAGAUCUCGUCAGCGAACUUGCUCAUAAGCUCGGUUGGGAAUUUACAGAAAAAGAUGACCAUAUCCAACAGCAGUUCAAGGGCCUCCUUUUUGGAAGUGCUGGUAUGUCGGGUGACAAGGUCGUUAUCAAGGCUGCGCAAGAUAUGUUCGCCAAGUAUGCCGAGGGCGACAAGUCUGCCAUCCAUCCCAAUCUCAGAGCCAAUGUUUUUGGUAUGAACUUGAAAUAUGGUGGCGCGAAAGAGUACGAUGUCAUCCUCGAUACAUACCGCACGGGUAAGACAGCCGAUGAACGCAAUACCGCUCUUCGUGCUCUUGGGAGAGCCUCAGAUCCUGAGCUCAUCAAGAGAUCCCUCGCUUUGUCACUGGGAGGUGAAGUCAAGGAACAAGACAUCUACAUGCCCGUCAGCGCGCUCAGAACACAUCCUGCUGGAAUCGAGGCUUUAUUCAACUGGAUGACCGAGAAUUGGGAGGAGAUUGCAAGAAAACUUCCUGCUGGUCUGUCCAUGCUUGGCUCGAUGGUCUCAAUCUGCACGUCCAGCUUCUCUAGCCAGGCCGACUAUGAACGUGUCGAGAAGUUCUUUGCCACCAAGAACACCAAGGGCUUUGAAAUGAGUCUUGCACAGAGUCUUGAUGCUAUCAAGGCUAAGAGCCAAUGGCUUGAGCGGGAUAGAGAGGAUGUUAAGAAGUGGGUCGAGUCUUACGAAGGUAAGACCAUUAAGAGCUAG